GUCUUUCCCUAAAAACCCUAAACAUAGAUUUAAGUUUUAGUUUGGUUUUCAUUUCUACUUUCCGCAACCAACCAAAGCAUCAGAGAAACACAACACAACACACCAUCACACGUUUCUCUCUCUCUCUUUCCUCCUCCGUCGUAUCUCCGUGCCGAUCAAAAUCCCCUAAAACCUAGACUUCUUCCUUCCAUUUCAUGGCGGCCAAUAACAGAUCCGAUCACGGAUCAGACGAAAACACACGCCUUUACAAUCCUUACCAGAACUACGAGGUCCCAAUCAACAAAUCUCAGUACCUUUACAAGCUUCCUACCUCCCCUGAGUUUCUCUUUACGGAGGAGGCUCUAAGGCAGCGUAGAUCUUGGGGUGAGAAUCUCACUUUCUACACCGGAACUGCUUACCUCGGCGGCUCCGUUGCUGGAGCUUCUCUCGGAGUUAUCACUGGAAUCAAAAGCUUCGAAUCUGGCGACACGACUAAGCUCAAAAUCAACAGGAUCCUUAACUCCUCUGGUCAGACGGGUCGAACUUGGGGUAAUAGGGUCGGUAUCAUUGGGUUGGUCUACGCGGGGAUCGAGAGUGGUGUUGUGGCCGGGACGGAUAGAGACGAUGUUUGGACCAGCGUGGUGGCUGGUCUUGGAACUGGAGCGGUUUGUAGGGCGGCGAGGGGGGUGAGAUCUGCGGCUGUGGCUGGUGCCCUUGGUGGACUUGCGGCCGGAGCUGUUGUAGCAGGGAAGCAAAUUGUGAAGCGGUAUGUGCCCAUUUGAAGAAGAUGGUUUGCUGCUGCGAAUGUGUGAGUCUAAUUGGAAGACUCUGUUUUCGUCGUUGUUGACAUUUUUGAUAGGGGAAAUGGUGAAUUUGAUAGGUUUCGUAUGUCUUGGAAUCAUAAAAACGAAAACUUUUUCUUGGUUUCUAGAGGUACAAAGUCUGUAUGUCAUAAUGCAGUUUCACUUUGAAGAAUAACCUGCAAAACCUUUUUUUUUCUAAUAUUCAUACCGAUAUGUUCUUACCGAUUGGUAAUUUAAUUUGUUAUGAGUGUUUCUGCUA